CAAAAACAGCUCGCUUAUGUUUUUUUCUUCGCAGCGAAUGGGACUUUUUUUCGUGGUCCGAUCCAACUAACGGCCUCGUUGAUUAUCAGACCAAGGAGGACGCUAUGUCCAAAGGCCUUGCCUAUAUUCAGGAUGACGGUACUACCAUCCUUAAGGUCGAUAAUACUACCACAUUAAAGUCGGGCCAAAACCGGGCAUCAGUUCGUAUCAGCUCGAAGACUCAGUACAGCAGUGGCCUUUUCAUUGCGGACAUAUAUCACAUGCCGCGCGGAUGUAGCGUAUGGCCCGCUUACUGGUCUGUAGGUCCUGAUUGGCCUAACGCUGGUGGAAUCGAUGUCAUCGAGGGCGUCAAUCAGCAGGAUCUUAACCAAUACACCCUUCAUACCGGUAGUGGCUGCUCCUUGACCAGCACCAAAGUCGCCUCUGGCAGGGUAUUGAGUAUAACGUGCACUCCCGGUAACGGGGAUAACUCCGGCUGUGCGUUCCAAGAAACUGAUACCCGCUCAUAUGGCCACUACUUCAACGUUGUUACGGGAGGCGUCUACGCACAUCUCCUUGCGGAUGAGGGCAUCUCCAUCUGGUUCUUUUCUCGCGACGAGAUACCCGCUGACAUCACAUCUCAGUCGCCGGAUCCAUCAUCUUGGUCGACUCCUAGCGCUUUCUUCCCCUCCACAUCAUGCAGUAUCUCUGAUCACUUCUACGAUCACAGCCUCACUAUUGAUACCACACUUUGCGGAGACUGGGCCGGUGCUGCCUAUGGCGGGUCUUGUCCCGGAACAUGUGCGGACGCAGUUGCGGAUCCUACCAACUUCAAUUACGCCUGGUGGGCCCUCAACUACAUUGCUGUUUAUCAGUCAUAAGGAGAGCGCAUUCUGACAUGCACAUCACGAUCAUUACACGUCUUUUUUCCUCUCAAGCACUGUAUCAUAAACGCAUACACUGCGAUGCCCGGUCGCAUUUAUCUUUAUCUAACGUUGCUUGUGAUGAUCUAUUCUGCUAUUUUCGGUAUCUAAUUGCUGUUACAAGGAUCGGGUUUUAUUAGGGUUAUAAUUUUUUAUACAGGUAUACUAUGUAUGGCGGUUCGUAACGAGCCGUGUGGAAUAUAACACACUUGAUGUGAUAAUUUGUCUAA